AUGGUUUCCUCUGACACGCACGAUGACAUUCUUACACACAUGGAGGCUUCCUCUUACAAGCUCGACGGCAUCCUUGCAUGCACGAGGACUUCCUCAUUUAUGCUGGAAAGGUCUGGGUCCUUACAGAUCAACACUUCGCCCCCCAUGGGUGCCAUCAACACUCCACCCCCUGCGGGUGCCUUCAAUACUCCACCCCUUGUGGGUGCCAUCAACAAUCCACCCCCCGCAGGUGCCUUCAAUACUCCACCCCCGGCGGGUGCCACCAACACUUCGGCCCCCGCGGGUGCCAUCAGCACUCCACCCCCCACAGAUGCCGUCAAUACUUCGCCCCCUGUGGGUAACUUCAACACUUCACACCCUGUAGGUACCUUCAAUACUUCACCCCCCGCGGGUGCCUUCAAUACUCUAAACCCCAUGGAUACCAUCAAAACUUCACCUCUGACGGGUUUCAUCAACACUUCGCCCUCCGUGAGUGCCAUCACCUCACCCCCAACGGGUGCCAUCAACACUUCAUGCACCGCGGGUGUCUUCAAUAAUCCAUCUCCGCAUGGGUUCCGUCAGCAACACAUUUCUCGUGGACUCCAUCAUCAUCGACCCAGAGCGAGUACAACUUGCUCAGGUCACAACAAAGCCACCCUCCUCAGGGCAACAACCCAUCCUGCACGGUGA